UCUUCCCUUUCCAUCCCGCCGCCUCACCAUUUCUACUCAUUUGCUCAACACAGCCGGCACACACCACCACACCACACCACACACCACACAGAACACUCUUACCCCUCUUCUUCCUUCAUUUACUCAUUCGCGGCGUCCUCAUUCGUUUGGGACUGGCCCUACUUCCAUAUAGAGCCUUUCCCCGUCCACAGUAAUACCCGCCCAUCAUGUCUUCCGCCACCGUCCCAACCGCGAUCGCGAUUCCGAAGCAGACCUUCGUGAGAUACACUUCCUCCGGAAACGCGUCGCCUUCCAACGGAUCGCGCAGCACUUCUCCUCAUUCUCCCUCGUGCUCGUCGUCGGCGGAACAUUCGCGGUCUAGCAGCCGUCGCCGGGAGUCCUUUGGCUCUAUCAAAGAAGACGUCGACGGCAUUGCGCAAUCGUUCGUCGAUACCCACAUUGAACACUCCCCUCAGGAGACCGCUAAGCCUAACCCCUUAGAGAUGCAGCCGACUCCCGACUUCUGCUGCCCCUGUGGUGGCUUUCUGGGAUGGAAGCAGAUCCGUUUGGGAGGCAAGAGCUUGAGUCGCAGCUACAGCGAUCUUCGAGGGCUGAACCAACUGCACUCCCGCUGGGCCUGGGAGUCGACUUCCCCCGUGGCCGAACCCCCGAGUCAGACCCUGCAGGUUCCGGAAGAGAAGCAGGUUGUCGUGGAGGAAGAGCAGCCUAAGCCGGUCCCGGGAACCUCGCGCUUGGAGAAGGUCCCGCCGGAGGUGCUUGACCAGAUCAUCUCCCUCUUGGCGCUUGAUGUACCCCCCAACGGAUAUACUCCCCGCAAUGUGGAUCUGAUCUCAUGCCUUCUGACCUCCAAGACUUUGCAUGCGGCUACGCUUAGUGUGUUGUACAGGAACAUGACUUUCCCCCACUCCAUCAUCUUCUCCAAGGCAUUGAACCACAUCUCCCUCUAUCCGGCAUUGGGCACUUUGGUGCGUCGUCUCGACUUCUCUCACUUUACUUCGGUGGGCUUGGGACGGACCAAGCAGAUGAACUCGGAGAUCCAGAACCUUACCUCCAAGACCCUGCUACAGUGCUUGGAAUUGUUGCCCAACCUGCGCGAAUGCUUGCUUCAGGAGCACGUGGAGGGGGAUCUCAGCAUGGAAGUUAUCCGGAAGCUGUUUACGGGCCUUCCCAACCUGUCCGCUGUGGAUUUCUGCGGCUGUUCUACCCAGUCUUUCUCCGGCCUCUUCCUCGAGGCGUUGACCUCGGGUCCUGGUCUCCCGGCUGCAUUGCCUAACUUGCGACGGGUUUCGUUGCACGAAUGCAGCAGCUUACCGUCGGUGGCGUUUGAGAUUCUCCUCCCUCGCUUGGUCAACGUGACUCACUUGGAUCUCACCCACACUCAGGUCGGCGAGGAUGCGCUUUUCUCGAUCCCUAAGACCGCCCAGAUCACCCACCUCAGCCUGUCCCGGUGCAGUCGCCUGCGUGGUCCCAAGGUGGUGGAGUUCCUAACCACUCAUCCUGCUGUCUGUGGCUCGCUGGUGUUCUUGAACCUUUUGACCGAUCCUACGCGCUCCCGUCUCUUGGAGGAGGAAGACGUUUCGGCUCUUCUCCCACACUUGCCUUCCUCCCUCUGCUCCCUCAAUUUGGGCGGUGCGAAGGUCACCCCCGCUCACACCAAAGCUCUGAUCCCCCUGACUAAGCACUUGGAGGAGCUGGGGCUGAGCUCCUGUGAGCUGUCGGGUCAGGAUCUGAACCAGUUUUUCGUUCCACCUCGGCCUGCCACUGGUGUUGAGAGUGCGCCUGCCACUCCCAUCGACAGCCUUCCGCCCACCCCCCUGGAAGCCGUGCCACCACCUCUUGUUGAGGAAUGGGUCCCGCAUACCCUUCGUUACCUGGAUCUCAACAAGGCUCCCCAGUUGACCAUCGGAACCGUGUUCAACCCGAAUGCUUGUGUCAUCCUCUCGCAGCAGACCUAUCCUCUGCAGGUCAUCGAAUUCAGUGACAAGCUGAUUGCUCCUCUGCGGGAGAGAGCUCGAAAUGCCAAAACGUCGCCCGGCUGGACUGUCCGUGAGCUGGGCCGUCGUGGCUGGUAUGUUCGCGACCCUGCCUCUAUGCCGAACUACGCUCUGGACGACGGUUCGCGCGACUGGAAGAUGGGUGCCAGAUGGUGGGGCAUGAGGAAGAUCCCUGUCGCUGUCGGAGAAGUCGGUGGCAUCUACGGACACUACAUGUUCAAGAAAUAAUUUUUCUGAUUUCAAGGCUGUGUGGAACUCUCGACUCUUUGUCAUGAUCAGUUUUAUACCCUGUUGAAUGUUCGCAUGGCGCAUCUUUCGGAUGAUGAUUUGACUUGAUGAUUUUGCAAGAGCGCCAAAAGUG